CCUCCUGACAGUUGGACGAUCUUCAGCGUGUCAACAUUACAGAAAUGAGCAGCAGAAAGCGUCUAAACACGCUCACUACCGCGUGUGUCAGCGACCUCUUUACGUGAACACCUCGAGGAGCAGCGCAGACGGCCGGCUGGUGAGGAAAUGUAUCUUUAAUAAAGAACCUCAAUUAGCAGCAGCGGCGGCAGCAGGAGGAGGAAUAGGAGGAGUCCUGAAUCUGACAUGCUGAUAGAGGAGUAUCAACCCCACUGAUGGAAACCCAGAGUAAGAGCUCUUGGGACGAUGGCAGCGGCGGCGAGCGAGGACUGCUCCACUCUUGGAAGGGCUACUCUUACAGCGUCACCCCAGAGAGGCUGCUCCUCCCCCGGCCGGUCCUCCAGGUCGCUCUGGGUUCGCAGCAUGGCGUUCUCCUGGUGGAAGGGGGACAGGUGUACAGCUUCGGCGAGUUGCCGUGGAAGCAGAGUCAAGUGCCAGAGCCAGCCAAGCCGACCCUGGAGAGCGCACUCAGUGGGCAGCGGGUGGUCACAGUCGCAGCCGGAAGCUUUCACAGUGGGGCAGUGACGGAGGAUGGCGGCGUCCACAUGUGGGGGGAGAACAGUGCGGGACAGUGCGGCUUGUCGGGCCUUAGCACUGUUCCCAACCCGACUCCCGUCGCCCUGCAGGACUUGGACACUGUCACUGUCCCCCCGCAGACGGUGCCGGUGCUGGAGCUGGCUUGUGGGGAGAAGCACACCCUGGCUCUGUCGGUGCAGCGUGAGGUGUGGGCAUGGGGCAGCGGUUGCCAGCUGGGCCUCAACGCCGCCGUCUUCCCUGUGUGGAAGCCUCAGAAGGUGGAGCACCUGGCAGGCCGGUAUGUUUUACAGGUGGCCUGCGGGGCAUCUCACAGCCUUGCUCUGGUGCGCUGCCUGGGCUCUCACGAUGGCCACCGGCCUCAUGUGGACAAAUGUGGGAGGUGUAACGAACUGCUCUACACCAUGACAGACAAAGAGGACCACGUCAUCAUCUCUGACAGCCAUUACUGCCCGCUUGGCGUGGAGCUGACCGAGGAUGACGGCAAGCUGGAGGCUCCCAACCCAACCACAGGUCUCAAAACAUCCCCAUCAGAGCCUGUCCUCCCCUCCUACACCUCAAAGUCAGAGUCCCCGGCAGCGCCUACAGUCGCUGACCCCACCUCUGUCCCCUCCCAACCUCAGGCCUCUGAGGAAGGGGAAGCAUCUUUGGUUAAUGGCAUGCUCCAGGUCUCAGACUCAGACACCUCGGCUCUAUCUGGAGGUGAGAGUGGUGCUGUUGCUGGGGCCAAGAGCUCACCAUAUCCAGACGAGCAGGCCGUGAAGGACUACCUGAAGAAGCUGUCCAACAACACACAGACGGACACACAGGCAAGCGGAGGGCUGAACGCUCUGCUGCCCUCAACUGGAGGACUGAUCUCCUCCACCCCCACCUCGGCACUCAACAACCUGGUUGCCUCCUGCGCCUCUGCAGUGGGCGGGCGGGUGGCCUCCACCUACGAGGCCCUGUCCCUGAAAAAGAUGAUGAACUUCUACCUCCCCUCAGGGGCCUCGCGGUCAGGAGGAUCCCCUGGAGUGGUCGAUAACUCUGCUGAGCGUGUCCGCCAGGAGGACUCCAUGCAGGGGAAGAAGAGCUCCAGCACAGGGGACAUCCGUGAAGAGGAGGCAGAGGGUCUGCGGCGCCGCCUCUCACUGCCAGGGCUGCUCUCACAGGGUAGAUACGCUGUUCACCUCUUAUCCUCCUCCUAUGGCCUGCUGCUGUCACCGCGACUGCUAAGGAAAGCCGGUCGUCCCAAAAUGCGAGCGGUCGCCCUCACCCCGCUGGGAGGCGCCAUCCCCGAGGACCACGAGGUGCUGCCCACCCUGCAGACAGAGGUGUGGAGCUGGGGCCACGGCGAGCAUGGGCAGCUGGGACACGGAGACAACUUGGCCAGACUGCAGCCGCUCUGCAUCAAGAGUCUGAACAACAAGGAGGUGGUGCGGGUGGCGGCCGGCAAUCACCAUUCCCUCGCUCUGACGGCUCAGUCUCAGGUGUUUUCAUGGGGCAGUAACAGCUCUGGUCAGCUGGGACACAUGGAGUCACCGAGCACCGUCCCCCGCCUCGCCAAGCUGUCAGAGGGGAUCCGAGUGUGGGACGUGAGCGCGGGAGAGAGGCACACACUCCUGCUCGCAGACGGAGACUGCAUCCAGCCCAUCAUUUACUACAGCGGGCAGCAGGUGAAGGACGGCGAGGAGGAGGGGGGUAAUGAGAAGGAGCUCCAUCAGCAGGGAGGAGGAGAGGAGGAAGAGGAGGAGCAGGCGGGGGGCUACACCCAGCAGCCUGUUCUGCUGCCCUUCUGCAUGAACCUUGGUUAUGUGAGCAGUGUGUUCGCGGGUGGGCGGCGGUGCGUGGCACUCUCUGACAGGAAUGUGAUGGGCUUCAUCGCCAGCCUCCACGAGCUCGCGUCAGCUGAGAGGAGGUUUUACUGCAAGCUGUGUAACAUCAAGUCUCAGAUCUUACGCCCUCUGCUGGAGCUAGAGUCUCUGAGCUCAGCCUUCGGGCAGGUCAUCAUCGGCCUCCUGCAGACACUGGCGAGCAGGUUUGGCCGGCUGUGUCACCUGACUGGGCAGCACGCCACCAGCCUCACUGCUAGCCUGCAGCGUUGUCGUGAGGUCAAAAGCCUUCUCAUCUUGGAGCACACCAGUAUUUUCCUCGACUGUUACAACGAUUACUGCAGCGCCGUCGGAAACUUCCAGGUGAUGGGAGGCUUCCAGGCUCUGACCAAACCAUCCAUAGACUUGUUUGGGAAAAGUCCGGAGCUGCUCCAGAAGCUGUCAGAGUGCGGCGAGGAGAACCUCACCACGGCCGACCUCCUGGUGGUGCUCUUCUACCUCCCUUCACGCCACCUUCACGAAUACAGCCGGCUGCUGCUCAAACUGGCCACCUGCUUCGAAGUGGUAGGUGGAAGAAACACGAGCAGCAGCGCAUGUGACCUCAAAUGCUCCACUGAGUACCAGAAGCUUCAGGACAGCUGCUCCAAGUUUGAAGCUUCGGUCUUGCAACUGAAGCGAAAAAGAAAAGAGGCCGACUACACUGUUCACUUCUGGAAGAUCUUUCCUGGAAAAAUGACGGACUCUCUGCGGAAGCCUUACCGGCGGCUGAUCUGCGAGAGCAGCAACAAAGGUCUGACCCUGCAGAAUGCCGGCAGGUUCUCCGUCAACUGGUUCAUCCUGUUCAACGAUGUUUUGGUCCACGCACAGGGCGUGGCGCCUUGUAAAAAUCUUUUCUCCACCCAUCACAUCUUCCCUUUGGCCACGCUGUGGGUGGAGCCGAUCCCAGAGGAGGACACGGGCCUGUAUGGGUUAAAGGUGAUCACUCCUGAGGAGACGCUCACCCUCCUCGCCUCGUCUCCCAUGGAGAAGACCAAGUGGCUUCGCUCCAUCAACCAGGCGGUGGACCAGGCCCUGAGCGGAAAGGGACAGGACGUGGCGUCAGGCAGCUCGGUGCAGAAGUUGGAGCCUCCCAUCUCCAGAACGGCUUCGUACACGUUUUAUAAGGAAGGGCGACUGAAGGAUGCGACAUAUGAGGGUCGCUGGCUGUCAGGAAAGCCCAACGGCAGAGGUGUUUUGAAAUGGUCUGAUGGGAGAAUAUAUACUGGGGCAUUCAAGAAUGGACUAGAAGAUGGCUUUGGUGAGUUUGUGGCCCCCAAUAAGACGCUGAACAAGAACGACCACUAUCAAGGGUACUGGAAGGAUGGCAAGAUGCACGGCCUGGGGACAUACAGGUAUGCCAGCGGUGAAGUUUAUGACGGGUCCUUUCAGGAGGGCGUGCGGCACGGUCACGGCAUGCUGCGCAGUGGCAAACUGAACACCUCGUCCCCCAGCGUCUUCAUUGGUCAGUGGCUGCAGGACAAGAAGACCGGCUAUGGAGUCUUUGACGAUAUCACCAAAGGAGAGAAGUACAUGGGCAUGUGGCAGGACCACCAGCGGCAGGGCACCGGAGUGGUGGUCACCCAGUUUGGCCUGUACUAUGAAGGAGCUUUUAAAGACAACAAGAUGAUGGGCACUGGUGUCCUUCUGUCAGAGGACGACACGACGUACGAGGGCGAAUUCUCAGACGACUGGACCCUCAGUGGAAAGGGCGUGCUGACCAUGCCCAAUGGUGACUACCUGGAGGGCUCCUUCAAUGGCGAAUGGGGCUCUGGUCUCAAAGUGACGGGCUCCUACUUUAAACCACACCUGUUCGACACCGACAAGGACAAGACCCAAGCCAUCAGGAAGCUGGGUCAUCUGUGUGUGUGCGCCGAGAAUAAGUGGCCGGCGGUUUUCGAGGAGUGUUGGAGUCAGCUGGGCUGUGAGGCUCCGGGCCGAGGGGAGCCCGAAAAGGCCUGGGAGAACAUCGCUGUGGCCCUCACCACCAGCCAGCGACACAUCCUGGACAGUCCGGAGAUUUUGUCUCGAUCUCACAACAAAACGCUGGAGAGUCUGGAAGUCAUCCCGCAGCACGUAGGGCCGAUCACCAUGGACAGAUACAACGCCAUCCGCCUCUACCUAAUCAAGGCGUGUGACACUCCGCUGCACCCUCUGGGUCGGCUGCUGGAGACCCUGGUGGCGGUCUACAGGAUGACCUACGUGGGUGUUGGCGCCAACCGUCGGCUCCUGCAUCAGGCCGUCAGCGAGAUUAAAUCUUACCUCAACCGCAUCUUCCUGAUUGUCAGAUUUUUAUUCCCAGACUUGCCAGAAGAGGGCGGUCUAAUCCCAGAGCCGACCACCGACCUGCAGGAGAAGAAUGAGCCCGAUUCCACUGAUGCCAUGCCAGAGUCUCCCAAACCUGCCCGCGUGGUGAGCAGCUCGGCUCUGCUGCUUCCUGUCCUUCUGCCCCGCCUCUACCCGCCGCUCUUCACCCUCUACGCCCUGGACAAGGAGAGAGAGGACGACGUGUACUGGGAGUGCGUCCUGCGCCUCAACAAGCAGCCCGACCUCGCCCUGCUCGCCUUCCUGGGCGUCCAGCAAAAGUUUUGGCCCGUUUCCAUCCCAACAUCUUUGCCUGCGCCUGGCGAGAAGCAACAGGUCAUCUCCAGCACCAAAGACGCCUGCUUUGCUUCUGCAGUGGAAACACUACAGCAGAUCAGCACAACUUUCACGCCAUCAGACAAGCUGCAGGUGAUCCAGCUCACUUUCGAGGAGAUCACACAGGAGGUCCAGGCGCUUCUGAAGCAGGACUUCCUGUGGUCCAUGGACGACCUCUUCCCUGUCUUCCUCUAUGUGGUACUACGAGCGCGUAUCAGGAACCUCGGUUCUGAGGUCAGUCUGAUCGAAGACCUGAUGGACCCCUGCGUCCAGCAUGGAGAACACGGCAUCAUGUUCACCACCCUCAAGGCCUGCUACUACCAGAUCCAGCAUGAGAAGGUCACUUAAGACGAGACUGCUGCUACGUCCUCGGUGACCUUCAUGCUGCUGCUUUUCCACUCCCCUCCUCUCAGCUCCAGUAGCCGGGCAUGAGUAUGACUGACAGGGAGGAGGAGGGGUCAUAAGAACAGGUCGUCGAAUGCUGCUUGGACACAUCCCGUCACAGACCCUCCCUCCCUGAAACACUCAUCAUCCACAGGUGAUGAAGGUAGAAAUGUGGCCGUGAUUACAGACGCGAGCACAGUCGCACCAUCCAUGUGGGUGGAGUUGGGGAAUAAAGAUGACUUAAAUUACUUAUUAGUUAGUUAGUUAUUAAAUCACCUUUAGCAGGGAGGGAGUGCAAAGUUUGUCUGUGGGAUACCGGACUUCAUUUUUUUCUCCUUAAAAUUUUUAAUGUUAAAAAAAAACAGUAAAUCUGGAAACAUGAAUUAUUUUCAGUGAAAGCUACAUGAAGAGGAAGUAACUCCAUAAACUGUGGAUUCAUGAACUUUAUAAUCUGAGAUGGAUGGCUACGGUUAGUGGCUGUUAUGCACUGCAGGGGGGGAGACGGUCCUGAAGGAAGUUUUUUUUUUUUGCAAGUAAAACUGACACUCGUUCAAAGUUUCUUUGGAGAGGAUUUAUCUGGGCGAGCUGACAGCCCCUUUUCAUACUGUAUUUAAAGAAAGAACGUGUUACAGCAUCAGUGAACGGACCUGAAUCUAAACAGUUGCUUAUAAAGAUUUUUUUUAUUUCUUCAUUUGAAGCGCAAGCUUCAGCCGGAUUGUUGACUUGAAAGCAUACUCACAUGUCCUCUGAACAUAACCUCAGACUGUUACAUUUAAAAUGUGUAUCCUUCCUCUGGCCUCUAGUGCAUACAUUAUUUUGGUGUCUGUUUUUUGGGGGAUAUCAGCUGUAGAGAUGCUCAACUUGUGGUGUUCAAAGCAGCAAAGCAAAUGCGUUUAAAUAUCUUGUAAGUAAGACUGAAAAACCUUUUGUUUCACCUCACAUCACUGUCACUCACAGCAGCUGCUGACUUGAUGAGGAUUUAGUUGCUUUUCAUGCCAUUUAAAAGUGGUAUCUAAGGUAAAAUCAAAAGCGACUUCACCACCACUUUGGAGUCUUUGGCUCAAUUACAGAAGCAAAUUUGCGAUCGUGUGGGUCUUUACCUAUCUGUGAUCUGAAAAGACCUGAACUCAUUUUCUAACAUAUCAUCAAAACAGAUCCUGAAAAGACAUUCUGGAAAAAGCUUAAUUUACUUCCUGCUGCUAACACCAGCAUGUUACUGGUUACAGAGCCGUCACUUUAAUAGUCUACACAGCAGGUUCUGUUAACAUUAACGAGGCUUCAGAAAUUAUGUCUAAAUUUAGAAAUCAUGAUCUGGGUAUUUUAAUAAAAUGGUGGAAACAUUUUCUUUGACCACCUACAGACCAAACAAGCUAACAUCAGAGCUCAGCCAAGCGGCUGCCGUCCAUGUUCAUGUCCUGUCAUAUGAUGCUUCUUUCUGCACAGGGAUCCAUUUCCAGGUGUACUGGGAGCAGUGGUGGUUGGAAGAACGAACAUAGUUCCUGUAGUCUAGAAAUUAGUUUUCAAGACUUCUUAAUGCCUUGAGCACCACAAGGCGUACAGUGCCACCUGGUUUGUUUUAUGUUCAUAAGAUUAAAGAGAAGACUUACCUUUAGAGGAAACAAUAAAAAACAACCAGCCCUGCAGGGCAGAGGAAAAAUAUGUAUUUAAUGUUUGUUUUUUUUAAGAUGAGCUAUUCAUUAUUCAGUACACAGAAAUGUCUUUUCAUUGACAGCAUUUUGCAGGAGGUGUCUUUGGUUUGUAUUUCUGAGCCCAGUGUUCGCAGGACAGUCUUACAGCUCUGCAAGGUGGUGGUAGGAGGUGGAAAUUUGGCGCUUUUGGAGAACCUGUGUUGCUCUUUAUUACAGUCUUAUUACACACGAAUAAAAAAUAACAAUUCAAAUCUUUAAUCUUAGGAGUUGAGGACAAGAUGUGAGUUUUUUUAAAAUGUUAUUCCCAAAAAAGCAGAAAAUUCCUUCUGCUUUUUAGACAUAAGUUUCGUUUUUUUGUUUUUUUUUUACAGUACAAUGACAGUGACGUUGUACAAUUCACUUAUGUUGUAUUAACGCUACCUGACGGCUUGUUUCCACCUGAGAAGCUUUCUCGUUCAUCACUGCUUCAUUUUGAGCUACUAGCCAUCCACUUCCUCGCUCUGUGGUUACACUUUUUAGCUUUAUGCAAAUUUGUUGUUAUACAAUUGUUUGUAGAAAUCGUCCUUUAGCAGUAUGCAGAGACGUUUGACUUGUAUGCUGCAGGAAGCUGCAAAUAUCCUGACAGUGUUUCUAUUAAUCAUGUGGAGGCAGGUCACACAGCCAAGGAAGGAAACUAACCACCAGCUAAAGGUCUAAACCUCACUGAUCUGCAAAAUAAUCAAUGCAAGCGGUCCAAUGUGAAUUCUGAUUUAAUCACAAGAAGGACAGAAAUGUGUAUUUUGCCUUUUGCGAGUGAUGUCUGAGCCGAGAGGCAAGCUGCUUUAACGUUGCUGUUAUAGAUAUAAUAGAGUUCAAAGCUUCACACCAUCUGCUAAUGUUGCUCCCCCCCCAAAACCAUCAGGCACUGUUGCUUACUUGUGAUCUGCGUCACACAUGCCACUUUAAAAAGGGAUUAAGAGGGGAUUCUUCCUUUUGUUGCUGUUCAUGCCCUGGUCUGAUAGUUUCGACAAUAGAAAUAGCAGCGGAUCAGAGGUAAAGCCGCUGCUCUCGCCCUGCAGGAUAUUCGAAAAUCAAGCAGAAAAUUGUUUGUCAGAGGUUGUAAAAUUUAAACCUCAUGGGAACUUCUUAUACUGUUGAACCUAAACUGAUAUGUGAUGAUGUUGCUGCUUGUAUCUGAGGUGAAGUGGUGUCCUCACACGUGCAGUAAAAAUCAUUUUAUAAUCUUCCGUCUGUGUUCAUGAGCCCAAAUGUGCCCGAUCCUCGUGGAAAUGAAGCAGUAUUGUCUUUUUUUCGAGUUCACCGAGUUCAUCCCUAGAAUGCAUCCUACACACUUUAGCCUUUGGGUUUAACAUUUAUUUGAUGUUUAAGCCAGGCUCUCUUCUUAUUUCACUGACUAGAGAAGGCGCCCUCGGGUGUUCUUCAGCAUCAUCUCUUGUAUAUUUUAUUCAGCUUAAAUUUGAAGGCUGACAUGAUUCACUGCUGCCCAUGAAAACAGUUUUUUCUGACAGCGAUGCGGCUGACUUUGAAACCAGAUUACUGAUGUAGUGGUUGUUCACACACUGACUGACUUUAUUUAGUCCAGACUGAGUGGAGUAUUUUUGUGCUAAGUGUAAACUGAAGGAAGCGCUGAUAUUUUAAACCCUGCAACUGGUUACCAAAUGCACCAACGGCUGUUUUGUCAACGGGCCCACCUGUGUCUUUUGCACAAUGUCAAACGUGUUGUACUUUUAGUUGAUAACAAAGGGCAAUAAAAUCAUUUUGGUGGAAAUCCA